UUCAAUUCUUGGAAUAACGAGUAUUUAUGGAAUUUCCCCGAAUAACUACACCUAUUUUUUUGCUUGUCAGCGAUAAAACUAAGCAUUUCAACGUUGGCUUUCCGGGCCUGUGAGAGUAUACUGAUCAAUAGCGCUUAAAAAGUACGCCUUCGAGUCAAAAUGGAGAGAAAUAGAGUUCUCAUUACUGGUCUGCCGAAAGGGAGCAAAAUCUCUCGCAAAGACCUAAUCAUGUAUUUCCAAAGCAACAAGAAGUCUGGAGGUGGAGAGGUGAUAGAUACUAAAUAUCUGGAUCAAGGAGAAGCUAUUUUCACUUUUCAGAAUGAAGUUGUUGCAAAUAACGUUCUAGCAAAGGAACAUGUUAUCAACGGCCAUGCUAUACACAUCACAGUCCCAACAAGAAAUCAAAGGACAGAAACCCAACCAUGGUCAACAGGAGACAUAGACGAUGAUCCCGCGAGUGACGAAAACAGCGCCAGCAGCAGUGAUGAAAAGGAAACAGGCGAUCCUGAAGAACUUUGUACWGUACGAGUUAGUAAUCUGUCACACCGAACCACAAAAGAUUCGAUUCAAAACUAUUUUGAAAACAAGAACAAAUCAAAAGGGGGAGAUGUGAGAAAGGUGGAACUACAGAAUACUCUUAACGUGGCAAUUGUAGUGUUUCGUUAUCACAAAGAUGCCAAGCGAGUGRCAGAAUAUGAAAAACACAAGUUAGACAAUGCCCGCUUAAGCGUGGCUUUGGUAAUCCCUAAAGAUGAUAAGGAGAAACUUCAUAAAGGAAAGAAAAAAUCAAUUAGUGAUACGCCCUCAGAUGAAGCGCUGCCCCUCGAGUUUGUAGUAAGUGGUAUGUCGAAGAUAACAACAGAAGAUGCGCUGAUAAAUUACCUCGAAAACACUCGACGUUCUGGGGGAGGUGAGGUAGAAGACCUAUCGUUUGAUGAAGUGGAACGCGUUGCUGAAGUAAAGUUUCGGAAAGUUAAAUGUUUAGAUCAGCUACUUGGUAAUCAACACCGACUUGAUGAUACCAACUUGCAAAUAGAAGUCAAGGAGCCAGAGAAAGAAAUACCACUGGAUCCCUUCAAGGUUCAUGUUAAAGGUUUAAGUCCUAUAACAACUAUAGAUGGUCUAGGGUUAUAUAUGGAAAAAAUGAGCAAUAAAGGAGUAAAGUACGUGCAGCUUGGAUCCUAUAGCAAUGCAAUUAUUUCGUUCAAAGAGCCCAUAGAUUUCGAACAAUUGGCAAAAAGGAUAGAAAAUGAUAUAAAGGGCCUGGACGGAUGUAAGCCCAUGCUGGAAAGCGUUCCAUACUGUUGCUGUAUCCAGGUGUCGGGUUUAGAUGUCAAAACAACGAAAGAUUCAUUAGAAUUGUAUUUUGAAAAUGAAAGAAAAGGAUGUGGAGUGGAGCCUCGUGAAGUAGACCUCCAAGGACAAGGAAGAGCACUUGUGUACUUUGAWGAUCCUUCAGUUAUUGAUAAAGCCUUGAGUAAAAGACACGUAUUGGAGGACGCAGAAUUACAAAUGGAGAUGUUUUACCCUUUCUUGAGUGAGGAAAAAGCAACAAAGAAAAGACAUAACAAGAAAAAGAAAACUGAAGAAAUCGAUAUAGACCCAGAUAUCAUGGCUUGUAUUUCAAGGUGCUAUUCAGAUGAACUGCAGGAUCUACUAGACGAGGCUGGAAUUGACUUGGAGUGGACAACCRAAAAAGAGUCUGCAGUAAUGACAGAAAAWGAAGAGACRACAAAUAAAGGUCAGCCUUGGGGAAAACGAAUUAAAUUUCUGCAGGAAUAUUUUGGCGAUUUCAAAUGCCAGCGAAUCAGUGUUGAGGCUAAAGUUUGGGAUGAAGUACUGGAAGCUAUCAAGAAAGAACUGACUUCUAAGGAUGAAUUUAKUGAUACUGAUWUCACAACCCAUGAAUCAGCAAAUGAGAUAAGAAUUACUGGAAAAAAAGACCGCCUGCAAAUGGCUGUAAGUGCAGUAGAAACAUUGGUUCGCGGGAUACAAGACGACAAAGCUCUACAAGAUUCCAUCGAAACWRMGGUGGAGAAAGAYUUAGRAUCAGGGAAACUGGCUCUUUUGAAGAUUUCUGAUCUUUUUCAAGACCUUCAAGCAUCUAACAAACAUGUUGACAUGGAAGUCAAAGAAAAUGAUGGAGAAGUCAUCAUAAAAGGGCCCAGAAAAUGUCUCCAGGAAAUAAGUAUUGAAUUGUACAAGUUCUUUUCAAAGGUCAAAGAAGAAGUUUUAGAAUUACCUGAAAGAAUUAUCGGAGUCCUCCAGACUCCCAAGGGAAGAGAMUAUGUUUGUAAAUCUCUUUCACAAAAUCAGAUACAAGCGGUACUUGUCCAUGGUCAAAGGAAAGGUAAAAAUGAAGCUUCAAUAUUUGCCRUAAACAAGGACCAGGCAAGACAAGCAAUGAAGCUCAUCGAGUCAUUUUCAACAGAAAGAAGUAUCCAUCUCAAAGACGAAAACAUUCCAGUUAUCCAAAGUCGAAAAUGGAAUGAACUCGUAGCGAGCUUCAAGGAAGCACAAACCGUGGUGAAUAUCUGGUUUGAAGAACAGUGUCAAACGCUAUGGAUAAGCGGAGUUGAGCAAGAUGCCCUAGAAUGCUUCACGGUUGUGGAAUGCUACAUCGAGAAAAAYACAAUUCUGGAGGACAACGUCGCGGUCAGCGAUGGUUGCUCAAGGUUCCUUUUCCAAAGAUUCGACAAUGAAAUCAAAGGUCUUCAUGCCGGAUUGCGUGAUGCCUUUGUUAAAAUAAAGCCAGGUGAUUGCGGUGAAAUAAGACUAACUGGUACACGUGAAGGCAUUGAAAAAAGUAAAGAAUUUGUGAUGUCUUUAGUCCAAAAAGUAUGUGACGAGGAAAUUAAAAUCGAUAAACCAGGCAUGAAAAAGUUCUUUAAGUCGAGCAAAGGUACUAAAGUUAUUAAAGCCAUAGAAGCUGAAAACAAGUGCACUGUUGAGUUAGUUGACCUGGAUCAGCUGGAGGAACAGGGAGCAAGCUCUUCGAAAGGAAUGGGGGGCUCCAAAAGAGUGGCGAAUGGAGAGGUAAUUUGCAGCUACACCACAAUGGAAAAGAAAAAGCUCGUUGUCUAUAAAGAUGAUCUUACAAAACAUCCAGUGGAUGUGAUCGUCAAUGCAGCCAACGAGAAUCUUCAGCAUGUUGGAGSGUUGGCACGGGAUAUUGUUAGRGUCGGUGGCCAAGGAAUACAAAGUGAAUGUAACAGAUACAWAAACACACAUGGUCCACUUAUCGAGGGCCAUGUGCUGGAAACAGGACCUGGACAGCUACCUUGUAAAARAAUUAUCCACGCUGUUGGCCCUCGCUGGGAUUCAUUCMSAGAUCAAGGAGAUAGCGGGUCAAGAAGAAAGAAGAAUAUCCUAAAGUUUGCCUUUGAGAAUUGUCUUGAAAGUGCAAAGAACUACCGCUCAAUAGCCAUCCCUGCAGUCAGUGCAGGCAUAUUUGGAUUUCCCCUUGAUCUUUGUGCAAGUAUUUUGGUGGAAACCGUCAUAACUUUCUUCCAGAAGAAUCCUCAUUGCAAUCUCUCUGAGGUCCAUUUUACAAAUAUUGAUGACAUGACCGUGCCGAUGUGCUGGUUAAUACAGCUGGAGAAGACUUGAACUUACAGAAUAAUGCCUGCGCACGUUCCUUUUGUAAGGCUGCAGGACCGAAUUUGCAGAGAUAUUGUAGCAAGAUAUCACCAGUGAAAGUGGGAGAAAUUGGUGUAACUAAACCAGGUAAUCUCCAAUGUCAGCACGUAUUCCAUGCUGUUUGUGGAGACUGGGACAGUGGAAAGGGCGAAAAGAUACUUCGGGGAAUUCUUCAGAAAUGUCUCAGCUUUGCAGAAAGAAGAGGRGCAAAUUCCAUUGCAAUUCCUGCAAUUGGAACUGGUGUAUUACAAUUUCCACGUAAAGUUGUGGCUCGGAUUUCCUUCGAAGAAGUUAUUUCAUUCAGUAAAAGUCGACCCAAUUCCCUAAAAGAAGUAAAGUUUGUUC